ACACAUAAACACUACAAAGUAGUAAGACAACUUGGCGUAUUGGCGAACCCGUGACCUCGAAAAAGGUUAGGGGGGUCUCAACCAACACCACCGAGAUAGGUGGUGUUGUCUCAACGCGGCCCUCUCAAAAAGAAACAGUUUGAGGUAAGGACGAUUGAUAUUCUUAGAUGAAAUGGAGGAAUAUAGUGAAGAAGAGAGAAAAUUUUAUCAUGAGUUUUCGAUCAGAUCGCAUAAUCGGAUACCUUUGGGCGAGGAUUUCAUCUAUUCGAUAUUUUACACAUUUGUUUUUGCCGAACUUCUCGAACAUGUGGAGGACGUAGAAAUGAUUUUGAAAAUGUGUCGAGACGUCGAAGUGACUUUUUUAACCCUAUUCCAAAAUAAUCUCCCAGAUGAUAUGAUAAACUUUUCACAUUGCUGUUUAGUCAGAAAUCCCAGGAUUUUUAUAACGAUGACCCAGUAUGGUGUAGAAAACGAAUAUCACCCUGAUGCCUGCCAAAUGUAUUUGAAAUGGACAAGAAAACUAUUAGAAAGAAAUGGAGAUGCAUAUUCGAAUCGUCUGCACAACUUGAAGGUGCUCGCCAAUCCCAGGAAUUUCCGAUGCUGCCAGAUUCUUUAUCUCUACGUAGCAGCUCAAGGCGUCGAAAACGAUUCUUCAUCUGCUGCUUACGAAGCCGCAUUGCAAGUUCUAUGGAGUUCGAUUCCCGAUCCUUUCCUGACCAUUCAAGAAUUCGCACGUUGCUUUAAGGAUGUGAAAAAACAAGGUAUGCCCAAAUUAGUGAAAGCCUGGGCCUGGUACACCAGACACAUCAAGGAUCUUGGGAUCUCAGGAAUACGUCCUCCUCCCUCCUUGAAGCACAUCUGCAAGUGCGCCGUCAGACAAAAGUUGAAAGAAUGCUUCCAAUUACCCCAUGGAGUGGAUGAAUUGGAUAUUCCGGAGUCCUUAAAGCAAUAUUUACUUUUGGAACAUUUUGCAUUCCGGAAACUAAGUAAACCGCUCACUUAUGAUCAAUAUUUUCGUUCGAAAAAAAAUCGAACAAAGAACUUAAACGUUAAAAAUAAUGCAUUUCCAGUACGUCGCGUAGUCUUACUUGUGCUGCAUUGUUUGUUCUUUUGGAUUUGUAAUAAUAGCGUGAAAGUUUUUAACUAUAUUUUUACAAGGAAUGAUUGAUACCCAGAAAGCA